CCCAACCUUGCGGCAAGUGCCCGGUGGGUGCUCGCCGCCAGCCCCGGGUCCGGCAGCCCGGGCGGGCGGGAGCGGAGCGAGCCGCGGGGCCGCGCAGCCAUUGGGCAGCCGCGGCGUCCAUCAGCCCGAGGAAGUGACUGCACGAGGAAGGCUCGAGGAAGGGCUCUCCGCAGGCAGCACCGCGGACACACACGGAAGGAGAAGGGGGGGAAAAAGCGGAGGGACGCACGCUGCUUUCAUCAGUGAGAAAAAACCAGCAGCACCAGGACAAUGAAGUCGUACCAGAAGCUGACGACAGCACAGCCAGCAGCAUGCCGGGUGGAAGAGGAGGGGGCUGCCCCGAUGCCCCCCGGCCAUGGGAAGCUGGCCCCAUGGUGGGUGGGCAGCGGGCUGCUGGUGGCCGCUGUUCUGCUGAGCACCAUCACUGUCUGGGUGCUGCGGCAAGUGUCGGGGGGCUGGCUCGGACCCACAGCACCCCCAAAAUGUCUCGUGGUACCCGAGAGCCAUCGCUUUGACUGCUACCCAGAGCGGCGCGUGGUGGUGACCCAGGAGCUCUGUGAAAGCCGAGGGUGCUGCUUCAUCCAGAGUCCCCCGCUGGCAGAGGGCAAGCAGGGGGUGCCCUGGUGCUUCUACCCCCCUGACUUCCCCAGCUACACCCUGGAGAGCCUCAACCAGACAGCGCUGGGCAUGGUGGGGCUGCUGCUGCGGAGGGAGAAGGCCUAUUACCCCCGGGACAUAGAGAAGCUGAGGCUGGAUGUGGAGUUUGAGACGGACACGCGGCUGCACAUCAAGAUAACAGAUGCAGCCAACCCACGCUAUGAGGUUCCCCUCGAUGUUCCCCGGGUGAUGAAGAGAGCAGAAAACCCCAUCUACAGCUUGAACUUCUCCUGGGACCCCUUUGGGGUGCUGCUGCAGCGCAAGGCAACAGGGACAGUGCUGCUAAAUACCACCGUGGCCCCCUUGAUCUUUGCUGACCAGUUUCUCCAGAUCUCUACAUCACUCCCAUCCAAGUUCCUCUAUGGGCUGGGGGAGCACCGUGGCAGCCUCCUGCACAGCCUGGACUGGAACACCCUCACACUGUGGGCUCGCGACGUCUCUCCCACGGAAUCAUUCAACCUGUACGGUGCUCACCCCUUCUACCUGCUGAUGGAGGAGGGUGGAAAUGCUCAUGGUGUUUUCCUACUCAACAGCAAUGCCAUGGAGGUGGCUCUGCAGCCUGCUCCAGGCCUGACCUGGAGGACCAUUGGAGGGGUACUGGAUUUUUACAUCUUCCUGGGGCCCGAUCCCAACAUGGUCAUCCAGCAGUACCAGCAGGUGAUAGGUUUCCCAGCCAUGCCACCCAUCUGGGCUCUCGGCUUCCACCUCUGCCGCUGGGGCUACGGAUCCAGCAAUGACACCUGGCAGACCGUGAGAGCCAUGAGGAACUACCAGAUCCCCCAGGAUGGGCAGUGGAAUGACAUCGAUUACAUGGAUGGGUACCGAGACUUCACCUUGGAUUCCCAGAAGUUUGCCUCCCUCCCCUCCCUGGUGGAAGACCUCCACAAACACGGGCAGCGCUACGUUAUGAUCUUGGAUCCUGGCAUCAGCAGCACCAGCCCCCACGGCUCCUACUGGCCUUUUGAUGAAGGCUUGAGACGGGGCUUGUUCCUCAACACCACCCAAGGGCAGCCACUCAUCGGGCAGGUCUGGCCUGGUUUCACUGCCUUUGCAGACUUCUCCAACCCAGAUACACACCAGUGGUGGCUGGAGAACCUGCAGCACUUCUAUGCCCACGUGCCCUUUGAUGGCCUCUGGAUCGACAUGAAUGAGCCAUCCAACUUCAUGGAUGGGUCUGAAGAUGGCUGCCCCCCAGGAGAGCUGGACAACCCACCCUACACUCCAGCCGUGCUGGGCGAUUCCCUCUCUGCUAAGACGGUGUGUGCCUCGGCAAAGCAGAAAGUCUCAGUGCACUACAACCUCCACAACCUCUAUGGGCUGAUGGAAGCCAAAGCCACAGCAAGCGCCUUGAUCAAGAUCCGGGGGAAGCGCCCCUUCCUCAUCUCCCGCUCCACCUUCCCCAGCCAGGGCCGGUACUCAGGGCACUGGCUGGGUGACAACCAGAGCCAGUGGAAGGACAUGUGUUACUCGAUUCCAGGGCUGCUGAGCUUCAGCCUCUUUGGCAUCCCGCUGGUCGGGGCAGACAUCUGCGGCUUCUCCGGCAGCACCUCGGAGGAGCUGUGCACCCGCUGGAUGCAGCUCGGUGCCUUCUACCCCUUCGCUCGCAACCACAACACCCAGAACGAGAAGCCCCAGGACCCAGCAGCGUUCAGCCCCGCAGCCAGGACAGCCAUGAAGGACGUGCUGCUGACCCGCUAUUCCCUCCUGCCCUUCCUCUACACUCUUUUCCACCGUGCCCACCUGCAAGGGGACACCGUGGCCCGGCCCUUGUUCUUUGAGUUCCCUUGGGAUGUGGCCACCUGGGAGCUGGACAGGCAGUUCCUGUGGGGCCAGAGCCUGCUGGUAACCCCAGUGCUGGAGCCUGGGGUGGACUCAGUCACAGGUUACGUCCCCCAAGGCACGUGGUACGACUUCUACACGGGCAACUCGGUGAACAGCAGUGGGGAGAUGUUGAAGAUGUCAGCCCCUCUGGAGCACCUCAACCUGCACAUCCGGGAAGGUUCCAUCCUGCCCACCCAGAAACCAGGAACCACCACAGAGGCAACCCGAGGGAAUCCCCUGCGUCUCAUCGUGGCCUUGUCCUCGCAUGCCACUGCCUGGGGUGACCUUUUCUGGGAUGAUGGCGAGAGCCUGGACACCUUUGAGAAGGGCAACUACUCCUAUGUGGUGUUCAAUGUCACACAGAACAUCUUCACCUCCACCGUCCUCCAUGCCAGCACUGAGGCCACCAAGGUCACCAUUGGCACACUGAGCAUCUUUGGGGUGCAGAAGCCGCCCAGCAAGGUCCUCCUGAAUGGCCAGGAGAAGCCCUUUUCCUACCUGGACAACCAGGUUCUCAACGUGAGUGACCUUGGCAUGAUCCUCAGCCAGGGCUUCUCCCUGCAGUGGCUGUGAGCAGGGGGCCGUGGGGUCACCUCACCCCACCAGGACACUCUGCUGGGAGAUGGUCCAUGCUCCAGCCCCUGAAGCCGGGAUGCUGCCACGGAGAGAGCAUUGGGGACUGUCACCUGCUGCUGCUCGUCCCCCUCCAGCACAGCUGGGGACAGGGGGCGUGGGACGGGGGCUUGGCUGCUGGGUGCCCCUGCGUGGUCCUGGGUGGUGGGUGGUGUGGGUGGAGGUGUGGGUCCCUGCGGUCCCCACUGCAAUAAAGGCAUGUGGAGAACGUG